CCCUGGAAGCCCCAUUUAUUCCGCUCCCCAGCACACACGCCAGAACCAGCCAGGUGGUGGUUGUAGCCGUUGUGCCUAGUCCUCCUUCCGUGUCACCGCUGCCGCCAUGCCCGGAGGGCUCCUUCUCGGGGACGAGGCUCCCAACUUCGAGGCCAAUACUACCAUCGGCCGCAUCCGUUUCCACGACUAUCUGGGAGACUCAUGGGGAAUUCUCUUCUCCCACCCUCGGGACUUUACCCCAGUGUGUACCACAGAGCUUGGCAGAGCAGCAAAGCUGGCACCAGAAUUUGCCAAGAGGAACGUUAAGAUGAUUGCCCUUUCAAUAGACAGUGUUGAAGACCAUCUUGCCUGGAGCAAGGAUAUCAAUGCUUACAAUGGUGAUGAGCCCACAGAAAAGUUACCUUUUCCCAUCAUUGAUGAUAAGAAUCGGGACCUUGCCAUCCAGUUGGGCAUGCUGGACCCAGCAGAGAAGGACGAAAAGGGCAUGCCUGUAACAGCUCGUGUGGUAUUUAUUUUUGGUCCUGAUAAGAAGCUAAAACUGUCCAUCCUCUACCCAGCUACCACUGGCAGGAACUUUGAUGAGAUUCUCCGAGUAAUUAUCUCUCUGCAGCUGACAGCAGAAAAGAGGGUUGCCACCCCAGUUGAUUGGAAGAAUGGAGACAGCGUGAUGGUCAUUCCAACCAUCCCUGAAGAGGAAGCCAAAAAACUUUUCCCUAAAGGAGUCUUCACCAAAGAGCUCCCAUCUGGCAAGAAAUACCUCCGUUACACCCCCCAGCCGUAGGCUCUCCACAGAGUUGGUGCUGGAGCUGCUCACUGAGCACCGUGAGCCAGAGGAUGCCAGCUGCCCAUCAUGUUUUCCUGCAGCAGUACCAUAAAAACAUCCUGGUGUGAUCACAGCCAAGGUCUUUAGGUUGCUAUACUACUGGCUUAUUAAAUGAAAAUGGCACUAAAAAUUCCUUGGGAUUCUUUGCUCUGUGCCUUUAGCAGCAUUCUCUUCUGUUCAUAUAUCUUAGCAUUCUCUGCUGACUCUCUUUGAAAUUUGAGGCUCAUCUUGUUGGAUCUCUGCAGGGUUUAUGACCAACAAGGUGGUAUCAGUUUAUGGUUGAAAAAGCCUGCUUUGCUCCAUCAUAGAAUGAGUAUCAGGUGUUUUCAGCUGUUCUAAUCAAAUCCUCUCUUCUGUUACCCAUUUUGGGAAGGAAUAGAACUUGGGGUUCAACUUCCUCUGUAUAUACCUACGUAUGUAACCUAAGAACUAUUCCAUGUUUUGGUCACAAUGGGGGGCAAAACCUUUUCAAUUCUGUAAUUUUCCAGUAGAUAACUGAAGGAUGUGCAGCGGGGAGGAAUCUUUAAGUAUUUUGCUAUCAAGAAAAAUUUUCAAUAAAUUUCUAUUGAAAGUGGGAAGCUACAGAAAAGGUUCCACUUGCCUGCCAGGGAGGUGUACCAGAGGCAUGAGCAACACGACAGUGCCAGGUGCCUUUCAGAGUAUUUCUGGAUGUCAGUUGGCUCUACAAUGAAGUGCACAUGAAAGGGCACACCUUGGGAAGAGGGGAGAGGGUGACUGAAAAUGUUUUAUUAUAGAUUUAUUCUUGCAGUGGGGGAGGGGAACUAUUUUCUGAAUUUUACUUCUUAGUGAUCAGCAAGUAAAUCCUUUGUUAAAACGUGAUCAGAAAAUUCUGUUGUCACAUUUUCAAGUACUAGUUCAGACUCAUGUCCUGAGGGCAAAUGUUUCCUUGCUAGAUUUGACACUGAUGCUUUUCUCCGAAGACAGAUACAUAAAAUUUCAUAUAAUGCAAAUGGAGGAGCGGCUGAUGAAGGUGUGAUGCCAGGGACUUCCCUGGUGGUCCAGUGGUUAAGACUCCACGCUUCCACUGCAGGGGGCAUGGGUUUGAUCCCGGGUCGGGGAACUAAGAGCUCAUGUGCUGCCCAGUGUGGCCAAAAAUAAAAUAAAAUAAAAUGUGUUUCCUUUGCUUUGAAAAAAAUAGAAAAGAAAAUGUAUUCCACCACA